CACCUCUUUCAUCUGCACCAGACGCGUUUUCUCCUUGAGGUGUGUAGAGUCAACUUAACUCUUUCUAAAGCCAGUUGGAGGUUUAGUUCUUGAAUUGAAGUGAGUCAAGCACGCGAGGAGAAGAGAACUGGUUUCAUGCAUACCUCUUGUUGUACGUGUGUUUACCUGUGAGUGAGUGUGAUCAACCUGACUUAAGUCGGUCGACGCGCGAUAGUCACAUGUGCGUUUGUAACAAAUAUAAAAUGUGAUUGUUUUGUGUGGUGAUAAAAUGAUAAGUGAAAAAGUGGCGAAUAUGGUUAAGUUUGGCUCGAGGAAGGAGAGGCAGGACAAGCGGGAGCUGCUCGCGAGCAUGAAGGAAAUGAAUUGUGAUGAUAAGCACAACGAUAACGCUGCUUUUCAGCACGUACGAGAUAACAUCGACGAGCUGGACGGCACUGAUGGGAUCAACGAAACCGAUCUGGUCUUUCUCAAGGGGUUGAUGGAUAGUCCUGUAUUUCAAAAUUUAGUCAAGGUGCAAGACCGAUUGGAAGAGCCACCAAAGUUACCAGAACCGCUGACGUCCAACUGUAAGGAACUGCAGCACGAGCUGAUAAUCCGCUGUAAUCAUCUAUCAAGAUCCCGAGACGUCCGUGAAUUGGCCACGCUUAUCAAGAGCCCGCAUUUUCGCGCACUCAUCGACACGCACGACCAGAUCGCCAAGGUGAUACUUGGCCCGAAAGUCUCCAGUCCCAAAGUCGAAGAUAUCCUGCCAGAUUUGAACGGGAUGACGGGGGAAACCUUCCGGAUGGUUGGGCUUAGGCGAAAGCCUGGUGAACCACUUGGAUUAACUGUACAAGUUGAUGAUCAUGAGAAUCUAGUCGUUGCUAGAAUACUAGAAGGCGGAAUGAUUGAUAAACAAGGCCUUCUGCAUGCCGGAGAUGUAAUUCUUGAAGUGAAUAAUGUCUCGGUGUAUACCCCUGAAGACCUACAAACAGAAAUUGCCAAAUCCAAGGAUUCAGUCACGUUGAAAAUCGGCCAAAUGCAAAAUGAAGAGGAGGUUGUCACACAUUCACCUUUAAUCAUGGCAAACGGCAAUGCAAAACAUGGCGCUGCUAAAAAACUAACUUGUUAUAUGCGUGCAUUAUUUGAGUAUAACCCUGAUGAAGACACACUUCUUCCAUGCAAAGAAAUUGGAUUACAUUUUGAACGUGGAGACAUCCUGCAAAUUCUAGACCAAAAAGAUCCCAACUGGUGGCAGGCUAAAAAGGUCGGCACUGAAGGCCCAGUGGGUCUCAUUCCAUCAAUCGAAUUAGAAGAACGUCGUAAAGCAUUCGUCCAUCCCGAAGCAGACUACGUCCACAAAAUCAGUAUAUGCGGAGCAAGGAUCUCAAAGAAAAAGAAGAAAAUCAUCUAUCAGUCGAAGAGUAACACUGAUUUUGAUAAAGCUGAGUUGUCUAUCUAUGAAGAAGUCACACGAAUGCCACCAUUCAAGCGAAAAACACUUGUUUUGAUUGGAACACAAGGCGUUGGACGUCGAACUAUGAAGAAUCGUCUGAUUAAUUCAGAUCCCAAUAAAUUUGGAGCUGUUAUUCCAUGGACAACGCGACCACAACGAGUUUUGGAAGAGAAUGGUGUGAAUUAUUGGUUUACAGAUGUUGAAACGAUGGACGAGGAGAUCAAAAAGCACAAAUUCUUAGAAUAUGGAGAGUAUAAUAAUUAUUUGUAUGGCACACACUUGGAUACGAUGAGAGAGAUUAUCAAACAAGGAAAAAUGUGUGUCUUGGAUUGUAGUCCGACAUCUUUAAAGAUACUGCAUAACAGUACGGAGUUUCUACCGUAUGUUAUUUUUAUUGCUGCGCCCGGAAUGGAACAUUUAAAGACUUUAUAUGAUGUUGGCAAGAACAAUUCGAAUUUGAGGAAUUCCAGCAGAAAUCUUGCGUUUGAUCGCCAAAGCUCAAUUAGGUACAGUUCUCGAAGAGCCAGAACAUUGGAGUCUUUAGCAUCACUAUAUGAGGAAGAAGAUUUAAAGAAAACUCUUGAAGAUUCAGCAUCACUGCAACGAACUUAUGAUAAAUACAUCGAUCUCGUCAUCACCAACAAUGAUUUCGACUCGACUUUCCGCCAAAUUGUUGAUGCAUUAGAUGCAUUGUCCUCUGAGCAUCAGUGGGUGCCUGUUAAUUGGAUAUAUUAACAUCUAGGCUAUCAUUUCAGAUCGAAACAGUUCACAUGUUCACAUGUUCACAUCCAAGCUACCAAAUGCCAUAAUAUACAUGUUUUCAUACUCUUAUUGUGAGAAUACUCUCAACAACGCUUCUUAUGCAAAAGGAAUGAAUGAUAGUACAAACACUACAACCAAGUUGAUUAAACAUUAAAAAUUAUCUUCGUGGAAGCGAAACAAAAGAACAGAAAAACGAAAUAAACUUGUGUUACAAAUGCUAUAUGUAAAUUAUGCCUAAAUUUAUACAAAUUACUUAAUUGAGAUCUAUCUAUAACCAUCAAAAUGGUAAGAAUGUUUAUGUAAAUGUAUUUUACUUAAGUUAGCUGUAAUUGUAAACUCGUAAUGCAUGUAAUGUAAUAAUGUGCAAAGUAAGUGUACAUAAGACUUUCGAUAUGAAAGAAAAUCACAGUGGAUAACCCCGUACUAUGCAAGUGUCUACAAAAGCAGCAUUUGCUGAUCGUCCAAGCGAUUCAAUGAGUGUCUGAACUUUUUAGGCUACUUUAGAUGUAAACGCAAUGUUAAAUCAUUCAAGUAUCUAAGAUUCUAGCAGUAUACAUUUGUUCUAAUUGUUAUUUUAUAUUUUAUAUCUACAUUUGACGGCCAAUGCACGUUGUAGUAUUUGCUUAGAUGAUAAUUAGUUAAAAAUUGAACAGAGUUAGAGAAUCGUUUUCUAUGCUAGACGCGUAACAAUCGAAGAUUAAUUAUUAGGUGCUGCAAUCUAUAUUUUAUAAUGAAUUACUUAGUUUUUAAUUUGCUAACCGUCCAAUGUGUUCAGGGAUAAUUUUAUUCUUGUUUUAUUGAAUGUAUGAUGAUAUGCGACAUCACCAUUUGUUAUUCAUUGUAAAAUUUUACGAUUUAUUGAUGCAUCUUGUGUAUUCAUAUGUUUUCUAUCAAUUUUAAUAAAGUUAGGCAUAAUAA